AUGUCUCAAUCCUUACGCCCUUAUCUUCAAUGCGUUCGAUCCUCCUUGACUGCUGCACUUGCCGUAUCAAACUUUGCUUCGCAGACAUCAGAGAGACACAAUGUUCCAGAAAUCGAAGCCGCUACAUCCCCGGAAGUUCUUUUAAACCCUCUCACAGUUGCACGAAACGAAAACGAAAAAGUUUUCAUUGAGCCUAGCGUAAACAGUGUUCGAGUUAGUAUCCGAAUCAAGCAGGCCGAUGAGAUAGAACAUAUUCUAGUACACAAGUUCACACGUUUCUUAACCCAACGAGCUGAAGCCUUUUUUAUCCUAAGAAGAAAGCCCGUAAAGGGUUAUGAUAUAUCAUUCCUAAUAACCAACUUUCACACAGAAGCGAUGCUGAAACAUAAACUUGUCGACUUUAUAAUACAAUUCAUGGAAGAGGUGGAUAAGGAAAUAUCUGAGAUGAAACUUUUUCUGAAUGCAAGAGCGAGAUUUGUGGCAGAAUCCUUUUUAACUCCAUUUGAUUAG